CUUCCUUCUUAUAGCUGGCCAGCGAGACAUACGUCACUACCGCGCGCCGGGGAGCAGCCAAUAGCACGCCGAGAACGACCUGCUGUCGCGGCUGUGCGUUCCAAGGGGCGGAAGUGACAGCUUGAUCUUGGCAUGCCAUGUGUUAGACAGCAGUGGUUUGUUAGGAGGGGGCACAGGUGGUGUCAAUACUCUUCUGUAAAGAGAAAUAAAGUUCAAACACUCUGUCUAUCGCGAUUUAUAGAAUUCCCUAAUUAAUACAGGUGAGUACACAUCAAUUCCUGUUUUGGGGGGAGCUUAUUAAUGGCUAUCUCAUGUUUUUAUAAACUGUGUAAGGGGGAUCUAGAAUUCCAGAUUACUGAACACUUAUCUGUUGUAACCACAAUCCUUUAUAAUUAAGAGAAAGAACAUUUACUUAUUUACUUAAGAUCCAGCUUUUGAAAUGUCUAACGUGUGCCCCAAUUUAACCCUGUUUCUUUUGAAUACAAUAUUUUUCGAUAUUAUUAUGAGUGUUACUAUUUUUGCAUUUAUGUAGCGCCAACGUAUUCCGCAACGCUUUACAAUAUUAUUUAAAAAGGUGAAAUUUAACAGUUAAUGAGUCGAUUUCAAAAUGUUACAGGAACAAUAGGUUGAUGAGGAACUAGAAUGCUAAAUGUAUGAGCCAAAUAAACCGCUUAAGGACCAAACUGGAAUAAAAAGGAAUCAUGAUAUGUCACACAUGUCAUGUGUCCUUAAGGGGUUAAAUAAGAUGACAUACUAAAUUUUGUGCCUUAUACUGAGUGCAUUCUUUUCUACAGACUGUGAAUAUGACAGAGAAAAUCAUUGUAAAUAAGGAGGACACAAGCAAUUGGACGGACAUUCAGGUACAGGAGUUUGUUACCAAGGUGAGACUAGCAUUACACCUACUCAAGCACGAAACUUGCCUAAUUCCUGACGGGAUCAAGUAUGGUUUCUAUUAGGCACUCCAUAUCACACUAUGUUUCACUAGAUCAGCAUUCAGUUUUGGCUACCUCAUAACAUCCACUAAAUAGUGUAUUAUGGUAAAUUAAAAACAGCAAUAAAUUUAGGCACAAUUGGAGAAGUUAAAAUUGAUUUUUUGCUGUUCAUUUAAACACAACUUACUGAUUUAUUGAACAAUCUGCUUAGUGAUUUAUUUUUCCCUUAAAGGGACACUAUAGGCAUCAGAACCAAUACAGCUUAAUCUAGUGGUUCAGAGGCAUGUAGCCUGUCCCUGUAGCCUCAGCAGUGUAAACACUGCUUUUUCUGAGAAGUGUUUACACUGCAGCCUAAGGCCAACUGACAGCCACUAAAAUGUGAAACUCCCUUUGAACUCCUGACAAGCCCCACUUUAGUGGAUAGCCCUGUGCGUGUAAUAUAAAGGGAAGGUAAUUGAAAAAGAAUUACAUAUAUGAAAAUCCUACGGUCUACUUUGCUGGAAGUGUUUACUCCACUAGGGAUGAACAUUACCAUAUUAUCUAUGGAAGAGAAAGUGGGUGAGAUAUGUAAGGGAUUGCCAGAGAGACCUGCUGGCUUUGGUUGUAUUUUGCACACAGAGAAUUUCUCAUCCUUUUCAAUUUUCUCUUUCUUCUUCUAAUCUUUUUAUUGUUUUAUGAUUUAAUGGUUUACUUUUGUAAAAGUGCUUGUGUUCGUUUAAAAAUAAUCUUUAGUAUCUGUUUACUGAUUGGUGAGUUUUUGUAAGUUGAUUACUAAUUUACAGCCCAAAACGAAUUAAGGAGUUGUUGAUUUCUAUCCAUCUAUUUGUGCCAAAGUUAAUUCACAUUGUCUAGUGACUUAACUCCAAAUUAAUAUUUUUAUUAGAGGGGACACUUUAACCCCUUAAGGACACAUGACAUGUGUGACAUGUCAUGAUUCCCUUUUAUUCCAGAAAUUUGGUCCUUAAGGGGUUAAACACCAUCAUUUCCUAUGUUCUACAGAAAUUACCUUUCCUUUUCCCAUCAUUCUGCUAUCUUCUUCUGAUCUAUUACUUAUAGCUACAACAAUUUGCCCUAUAGCUAUAUAUUUGUAUUAUCUCUUACUGCUCUUGUCUUGAAGUAUUAGCCUGAGCAGUAAUGGGCAUUUGUGAUUGGCCGAGAAUGUCAGCUGACUGCUUUUAGCCUGUCAGAACUCCAACUGACGGUAUGAAUGGGUAUGACAACAAGGAAGUGUGUAAUCUCCGCUUUAGCUACACAUACAGAAGGGGCUGGACUGUGGGUGGCCAGGGACUAUUUUUUUUUUUUUUUGUGGCAUACUGCACAAAUAUGGUGCCACACUGCACUCCAGGCACAAUAACCAAUUCAAAGAGAUGAAAUGGUUAUAGUGACUACAAUGUCACUUUAAUAAAUGAAUAAAUAAAACUACUUAAAAAGAUCCUCCAAUAUUUCAAAAAAGAUCUGACUGGUUUUGCUUUUCUACUUUUUACAGCUUACUGAACAAAAGGUAGUGGUGGAUGAGUUAUCGAACUUGAAAACGGAUCGGGUGAGUUAUCAACAUUUUAACCCCUUGAGAUUCCCAAGCUGUCCUUUAUAGCAAUUUGUAAAGCGUACUGAAAAUGUCCCAUUUCACCUGAACAAGUUUGGCAGUAACAGAAGGUAUACUUUUAUGUCUUUCGUUUGCAGAAGGUGUACAGACAACAGCCCAACAGCAACAUUUUCUUUAUUGCUGAUAGGUCUCAAACAUUAAGUGAAUGUAAAAGUAAGUAUGUCCUCUUUUGAAAACUCCCUCUCUGAAAGUUCCCUAUUAUUUCAUGAAUCUGGUUAUUUACUUACUUGAGACUGUAGGUGAAAAAAAACAGUAGCCGUAAGUGCAGGGGAAGUCCCUACUCAUUUGCUGCCUGUUAAACUGGUCAGGAAUUACCACAAUAUUGACAAAGCGAGAGCUCCUGCAGGGACCAGGACACGGCUAACAUUUAAAAGCAAGCCCUGAAAUUCUCACAGGAAAUGGGAGUGAUGUUCGUAAAACAGAAAAGUUGACUCAACAGUGGUUGGGCAUGUUUGAGAGAUGUUAAAUUGGCUUUGUCGUUUGUGUGCGCUUGUGUUUACAUGCAGCUUGUACCAGUUUGGCAAACAGAGAGAGAGAGAUACUGCGUAAAGAUGCUGUAGAACAGGAGUGCCCAAUAGGCAGAUCCCCAGAUGCUGUAGAAAUAAAACUCCCAUGAUGCUUUGUCAUUCUAAAGGCAUGCAAAGAAUCAUGGGAAUUGUAGUUCUACAACAUCUGGGGAUCCUAUGAGUGGACAGUGUAGGUGCAACACUUUUCAGUUGAUUACUGCUAAGCUAAACAAUAGUAUCAACACAGACAGACGCAGGAAGUGGUUAUAGUGCUGUGUGUGUCUACUAAAAACCAUAAAGGAAUGUUCUACCAAAAACAUACAUAUUGUAUUUAAACACACAAAGCACCAUUUAUCAAUCUAUACUUAUGACAUAGGUUAAGAGUAAAGAAGUUCCUGUCUGUCACAGAGUCGAAAUUGCUGCAGCUAUAAGUCAACCACCUCACCCAAAAAACACACAGACUUUACCCGUCAAGUUCUUGUAUAGCAUGAUCUCGGAAGAUGGUUUCACAAUAUUCAAGUCUGCAUCAUAGUGCAGUUGCUGUUGGCUUAGGUUGCAGUUUUAUGUUAUCUGAUGUAUAGAACGUUUUGAAGUGCUUUCUACACGUGCCAUAAACCCCCUCUAGACCUGCAUUAAUGGACAUGGCUGCCAUUGACGGCUGUCAUAUAGUGCCUGGUUUGAGCAGAGCUCACUGCAGGGAGCUGAGGAUCCUUAGAGAAUUUCAAAGGUCUGAAUCAUGUUACAUGCUGACAUUUUAUUUUGCUUUUUUAGAAUUUGUGUUCUGUGAAUCAUCACAGUUUAUUAUAUAUAAAUGGCUGUAAAAUGUUUUCUUUUGUUUGACAGAAACAUUGGAUGACAUGAAUCAGACUUACCAGGAUCUCACGAAAAAAGCCCAAGUCAAGAAAUAAUCUAUUAUUUUUGUGAAAAGAAAAAUGUGUGGGAUAUGUUGUACUGUCAGUUUAAUUGCUUGUACUGAUGACACAUUCAUUUCUGAAGAUGACGCAAACAUUAGGCGUCGUGGGCCUAACAACAGCCACCACUUAAUUAAGUGUGAUCCUUCUAAUGGCUACAGUUGUUUUUUCUCUGGACACGUUCUUCACCUGAGAGGGCAACUGACUCCGCAGCCUCUACAAGACAAAGAUGGCAACAUAUUUCUUUGGAAUGGAGAGGUGUUUGGUGGAAUUGAAGUUUCUGAUAGUGAGAACGAUACUCAAGUAAUGUUUAAUCACCUUUCCUGCUGUAAUAAUGAGCAUGACCUAUUAACACUAUUUUCCCGUGUCCAAGGUCCCUGGGCUUUUAUUUUUUAUCAGGCUAAAAGCCACAGUUUGUGGUUUGGUAGAGAUUUCUUUGGUCGACGAAGUCUUUUGUGGAAAUUUAGCCAGAAUCCACAGAAAGCCUUGUGCCUCACAUCUGUAACAGAGUCAUUUUCUACAUCUGAUCCCAUUCAGUGGCAAGAAGUUCCAGCAUCUGGAAUAUUUAGAUUCGAUCUUCAAUCUUGGGUAAAUUCAAAAUCAAUGACACUGUCAUGGUAUGCAUGGAAGUCUUCAUCAGUUGAUGUAGUAACAAAAGAAGGAAUGGUGAAUGAGGAACAAAACCGUAUUGUAAAAGAUUUGCCAUUAUUUAUCACUGUCCAAAAGAGUGAAGAAGAUAAACUCACGACUCCAGUUGCGUCUUUGAAUAGAGAGGUCCCUGAAACAUUCGCUGAACCUCACUGCGUUGCUUCUUCUACCAAUGUCACUUUAGAAGACCUUAAAAUGUUAAUUACAGAUGAACACCAGAAAAAUGCUAAGUCCCUUAUAGAUGUAUUAAGUGAGUCUGUUCGAAGACGAACUUUAUGCCUUCAUCGAAACAAAGACGAGCUCUUGUCAGGUGCUGAAAGAAAAGCAAAUGUUGCAAUCCUGUUUUCUGGUGGGAUUGAUUCCAUGAUUCUGGCUGCCCUUGCAGACCGUCACGUUCCAAAAGACGAACCUGUAGAUCUUCUUAACGUGGCUUUCAUGAUGAAUGUCCCAAAUGGUAUGAAACCUUACUCCAAAAAGAAAAACAAGGUUAAAAAACAGUCUGUUUCCGCAACUCAAAACGAUAAGUUGGAGAUCUCAGCUUCCUGUAACGCUUUUGAUGUUCCUGAUCGUAUAACAGGCAGGGCAGGACUGGAGGAACUGAAAUCCAUAAACCCGUUAAGAACCUGGAAUUUUGUGGAAAUCGACAUAACUCCAGAAGAGCUUAAAGAAAUGAGGCAGCAACGUAUUUGUCAGCUCGUUCACCCACUGAAUACUGUCCUAGAUGAUAGUAUUGGAUGUGCUGUCUGGUUUGCUUCCAGAGGCGUAGGCACACUUGCUAUCAAUGGGGAAAAGAAACCAUAUGUCAGUACUUCCAAGGUAAUUGCCACUUGUAUUCAGAUGAUGCCUUGUUGAGAACACAUUGGCUUAAUAAAAUGGAACCUGUAAUUCCUAGCAAAUCCCCCAGCUUUGUCACUCCUUGAAAGUCCUUUAUUCAGUUCUCCACUCAUCUCUAUUCUCUCUUAUCUCUGCCUUAUCCUCUUUAGUAAAGCCUUAAUUUGUCAAUAAAUCCUCUCUUUACACUAUGAACCACAUGGAUAAAGUGGGAUCAACCUUUACUCGUUUUAUAGACAGCCUAGAUUGUAGGUAAACUCUUCCCGAACCGUGUAGUUGGAGGAAGUCUCACUGAACUUCUGACUUUCUUUUCUAUAUAUUUCAGCUCUUAGAUGCCAUGGAAACACACAUCACUCAUACUUCAGCCACCUUCUCUCACAGGUCCAUACCUUCAGCUCGUUCCAUUGACCGAUCACCUUCCCCUUCACUAAUCUCCCACUAACAAGUUUCAAAUGUAUUUCUAUGGCCCGAAACAACUCACCAGAACAACUGAGUUGCAGAUUUUUUUCAGCUAGACUUUCCCAGCCUAAAAUUUGGAAAAAUAUUCUAUCUACUUCUCUACAGUUCUUGUGGUAUGGAAUAAACCAGGGGGUGCCCAAAAGAUAGAUCCCCAGACACUUUAAAACUACAGCUUCCAUGAUGCUUUGCCAUUCAAUAGGCAUGCAAGGCAUCAUGGGAAUUGUAGUUCUCUGACCUCUGGGGACCUACCUUUUUUUGCAACCCUGAAAAAAGUACCUUUUAUGCAUUAGCAGUGUUCUCUCCUGGUUUUACUUAUAUUUGCAGGAUUAUUUACUAAAGUGAUAAUUCUUUGAUAAUUUAAAGUGAAUUUAAAAUUUAAAGCCAGGGAAAUUGACUUAGAGCUUUUUUCCAUUUUAACAUUUUUUAACUUAAAUUUGAAAUUCACCUUGAAUUCUCACUUUAGUAAUUAACCCUGUAUCUUUAUUUUAUUUUACUAUUAUACGUGACCUUAGACUGCCUUCUCGGGUAUUUCACUGUCUGUGCCUUACUUGAUCUUAUUCAUUUGGUGUUUAUAUACCGUAAUUAUUUUUUAAUUGGUGCACACAUUCAGACUCUAACGGCUGAGCAAAUUGAUGGGAAUAUAACUAAGAUGGAAAGCCCCCAGCUUUGCCACAUCUUCAAUCAGAUGUUACCACUUAGAGGAAGCAGCACACACAAAAAUAAUUUUUUGGUUUUAAUACUAUUUCAACUCGCUUACCUUCAGCACAUAAAUAUGGGUAGUAAGUCACACUGUACAGUCAUACCAUCAUUAACCCGCCACUGUUUACAAAGUACCCUAGUAUCAGUGGGACUAUCAUGGGAUCCAAACAAGCUCAUUUCAAAACCUAUUGCUUGAACUGCUUCAAGAGGCUUUCCUCAAAUUUAUAUUCUCCUGUGAUCAUGUGUAAUGGGUCCAUAUGUGGCGACUAAAUCCCCAGGUUUAUUUGCUGAAGAUAAAUGAUUUAAUGUAGCUUUGUAAGAUUUAACUCCGCAUUUGUUUUUAUUUUAUUUUUUGGACAUGUGCUGUAUGCGUGAUAUAAAUUAAGGUCUUUACAGCAGCAUCGCUAAUAUGAAAUGCUUGUUCUGAGUGUGCCACUCAGUUCCUUUUUAAAAAAAUGAAAUCUUACCAAACCUGGAAGCAACGAAACCAAUCACGAGUUUUCACUUAAAGGGUUUCUUUUACCCUUUUUUUUGUUUGUUUUCACCAGUAUAAUGCACUAUUGUUCUCAAAAGGGCCUUUUAAAAUAAGUUUUAAUUACCUUAAUCUAGCAUUGGGCAAAGCUCACGGCACUGUCCAGCAUGCCCCGUGGUCAUCUCUGUAUUCCUGACGCUAUAGUCAUGAUGCCACUUGUCAUCUAGGUCCACCCUUCUGUAAAAAAAAUCUGAAAUCAAUAAAAAAAUAAAACGAAUUACUACCCUUUUCUCCAGCACAGAGUCUUCCUUGGCGAUGCCAAAACCUCCUCCCCUGGUUGUGUCAUGACGUACCUCCAGGAUGAUGAGCCAAUCUAAUGCUCGUCAUAGGUGACCAUAGGCGCAUCUCACUGCAAUGCACCUAAGCUUCUGUCAUAGAGAAUCAUUGAAUAAAAUGGCACUGCACAUGUGCACAUGAGGUCAUGAUGUGUUAUGGUAUGAGAAUCAGGAAGUAAGAUUUUCAACUCUCAGAAGCCGCGCAUCCAAGACCUAUAAUUAGUGAACUAAAGGGUAUUGGGGGAGGGGUUGGGCAGACAUUAAAAUGAAAAUGAAGUUAUUAAAAUGCCUACGGUGUCCCUUUAACAUACUAUCAUUCUGCCGAUCUUUUUCUGUAAACAGUGCUUUAUGGUUGCAGCAAAGGUUUCUGGGAGUUGUAGUUACAUUGUCAUGACAUCCAGCAGAGCCGUGUGUAAACCGAUGCCCGAAGUGCCUUUUUAAGUUUAUUCUACACUUGACAUUGAUCUGACAAUGGCUAGCAAAUGCAUUUAAGGCAAAAUCUGUUUUGAAAUCUGUUCCAUAGGUGGUGCUGACCGGGAUUGGGGCAGAUGAGCAGCUUGCGGGUUAUUCCCGUCACCGAGUGCGUUUCAAAACAAUGGGAUACUUAGCUCUGCUAGAAGAACUGAGCAUGGAACUGGGUCGCAUCGCUUCCAGGAAUCUUGGCCGCGACGACCGCGUGAUUGGUGAUCACGGUAAAGAAGCAAGGUAAAACCACUUUACAGGAAGUAAGAUUUUAAAGUAGAGAGACAGAAACAACUAUUAAAGAAAAGGUAAACUGUACCAAAAUGAAAUUUCCAAAUAAUGUAAGGGAGAUAUAUUCCGCUUAAAAGAAAAGGGAAAAAAAAAAAACACAACCCUUUUUAAAAAUUUGUAAUAAAAUAACGAGGUUGAGGUUGCAUACCAAGGAAUGGUCAUAUCAGAUAUGUAUAUUUUUUUUAUUAUUUAAUUUUUGUGUUAAAAUUAAAUUGCAUUAAGAAAGAGGGGUUUUCUUACCACUCAAGCUCAGACUCACAUUUUAUCGGUGUGUGAUCAGAAGCCUAGUAAAAAAAAAAAUCUGAGCAGGCUAAAUAGGGCUGGGCGCUGCGAAUUAAGGGAACACUUUAGCGUCACAAACUUGGAAUCCCUUUAAAUUGGAAAUUCACUUUGAAUUCUCACUUAAGUGAAUAACCCUGAUAAUCAUACUUUUGUUUAAAAUGGAGAAAUUUCAGUAAAACCCUUAGUUUGCAUGUUUUUAACCGCACUUUCUGGAUAACUGCUUAUUUUUUUAAAAUAUACCUAUUAGGUUUCCGUUCCUUGAUGAAGAUGUUGUAUCCUUUCUGAACUCUCUGACCAUCUGUGAAAAGGCAGAUCUUACCCUGGCCAGAGGCCUUGGUGAAAAACUGAUUUUACGAUUAGCAGCGGUGGAAUUGGGACUUACUGAGUCUUCUGUGUUGCCCAAAAGAGCUAUGCAGUUUGGAUCCAGAAUCGCAAAAAUGGAGAACCGAACUGAAAAGGCCUCAGACAAAUGCAGCAGACUCCAGACAAAUCUUACUGAAUAGCAGCAUUUCCUUUUCACCUUUUGGCGUUUAGAGGAAAUCUAAAAAUUUUACUGUGUUUUACUUUAAUAAACUUUUUGAAAGAUUGCAUUUUAUGUUGUGUUUGUGUAGACAUAUGUAUGAUAUAGUUCCCUAGCUGCCAUCAGGGACCCUGGAGCACUUCAGACCCAGUUGCGAUAUGCUUGACUGAUGUCUCUCAGUACUUUUUCCACUAGACCAGACUGCACCUCUCUUCUUACAGGCAGGUAUCUACUCUUCUGCCUACAGUGUCUCCAACAACUGCCUUUACAAAAGCACAUAUGGCUCUCAGGCCUAACUCUAUUUUAACACAUUCUGGGAAUCUGGUUCCAAUUCAGCCAGCCAACAGGUCUGAAGACUUUUACUAGGAUCCCUGAACAAACCACACAAGACACAUUUUUCUUUUUUGGUUUUACUUAGGGCUAGCCUAUAUCCG